CCCUGACAGACAGCAGGUGUUUACAUAUAGAGCCAGCGGACCGGGUCGGUCUCCUCCUCUCAUUCAGAACCUCAGCAGCACAGUUCCUCAGAUCAGCUGUUCUCCAUCUCCACCAUCAUGAGUCCAAAAAACGUCAUUUUUAAGAAAACCUGCAAAGACAAGUCGGUCGGCGUGUUCAUGGGGAAGAGAGACUUCGUGGACCGGGUGGACUCCGUGGAUCCAGUGGAUGGCGUCGUCCUGAUCGACCCGGAGGCUCUGGCCGGGAGGAAAGUGUUCGUCACCCUGUCCUGCAUCUUCCGCUACGGCCGCGACGACAUGGACGUGAUCGGCAUCGCGUUCCGCCGGGAGCUGUACCUGUCCACCCGCCAGGUGUACCCGCCGCUGCAGGACCGGGAGAAGGGCGUCCACACCAAGACCCAGGCCAAGCUGCUGCGCAAGCUGGGCAACAACGCAUACCCCUUCUUCUUCGAGUUUCCUGACAACCUGCCUUGCUCAGUGUCUCUCCAACCGGGACCCCAAGAUGUUGGGAAGCAAUGUGCCGUGGAGUUUGAGAUUAAAGCGUUCAGCGCUGAGAGUCAGGAUGCAAAAGUUCGCAAACGGAGCACAGUGAAGCUGAUGAUCAGGAAGGUCCAGUACGCUCCAGACAUGCAGGGGGCGCCACCUUCCGUUGAAACCACCAAGGACUUCCUCAUGUCCGACAAACCGCUGCAUGUUAAGGUCACUCUGGAUAAGGAGCUUUAUUACCACGGAGAGACGAUCCACGCUCACGUCAACAUCACAAACAACUCCAACAAAAACAUCAAGAACGUCGUCCUGUCAGUUGACCAGGUUGCCACGGUGGUGCUGUACUCCAACGACAGCUACGUCAAAUGUGUGGACAUCGAGGAUUCUGGGGACUCGGUGUCUGCCGGAGCGACGCUGCAGAAGGUCUACAAGCUGCUGCCGCUGCUGGCCAACAACCGUGAGAGGAGAGGCAUCGCUCUGGACGGGAAGCUGAAGCACGAGGACACCAACCUGGCCUCGUCCAGCACCGUGAAGGAAGGAGUCCUGAAGGAGGUUCUGGGAAUCAUGGUUUCAUACAAAGUCAUGGUGAAGCUCAUCAUCGGAGGGAUGAUGGGAUCCAGUGAGGUCGGCCUGGAGGUUCCCUUCACACUCAUGCAUCCCAAACCAGAAGCAGUGAAGGAGAGUGAGAUGGAGGAUGAGCUGGUGUUCCAGGAGUUCAAGCGCUCCUACCUGAAGGGAAUCAUCGGCGAUGAUGACGACGAGGAAGGUAACGUGUCGGGCGGAGACGACAUGGCGCCCAAGGAGAAGUAGAGACGGCGACGUGUUGGGAUGUGACAUCGAUGUUUUAAUCCCAUGUUUUAGUGAAGUUCGUCUUCCUGCAGCUCAGAGAUUUUAGUUACCGUAGAAACGAGCUGCAGCUUUUGUAGACUCUAACUGUUGUUCUGUGUUUGAACAAUAAAAACUGUUGGACUCCA